AGUCUGAGCUUGUGCGGUCCUGUGAACACAACGCGGCGGUAAAACGGUAAAACGGAACGGUAUAACGGUACUGCGGGUGAAAGCUGGGUGCUAGGUGCCAAAUGUAGGGGAAAAUUGCAUGUGCCAUUAAUGUGAGGAUAUUUGUGUGAGGAUAAACCCACUGGAUUUUCACCACCUCUCCCCCGAAAGAGUCCAGAAAGCUGCCUUCUGCGGGGCCAGAAAAGUCUUGAAAUUUCUGGCCACGUGUUAUCCGGUGUUCCGUUUCAUUUUUCUUAAUUUUCGACAACAACGUUUAUUAUGCAAAUUAUCGCACCAACAAAGAAUUGGACAUCCAGCGUACAAUCUCCAAAAAACACAUAAAAAAGAGGAACGAAAACUCUGAAACUGGAAGAGAUACUCCGAUUUCUUUUUUUAUAUUUGGAUGCUGCUCCUGCUGCUGCACACAGACAAUGACAGAAAUUUGUCAUCACACACACACACAUACAUAUAAGAACCGCACGCACAGAGAGCGUAGAACAAAGGCAACGGGGAAAAGAUAAAUAAGCUUAGGAGCACGAAGUGCGAGCGGGAGAGGAAGUGUGGAAGCAGGGGGGCGAGUGCGUCCUCCGUCCCACUCACUCACGCACUUGACUGAACAUUAAACUCUCUAGUUUUUUGUGCAAAGAUGGAGAUUUUGGACCGUUAUCCUCGCCGGCAGCCGCGUAUCGGCGGCAUCUACGUGCUCCAGCUACGCAUACAGCUGUAAAAUCCGCAUUCGCAAUUCCGCAUCCGCCAUUCGCCAUCCGCCAUCCGCAAUUUUUGACAGCUGUCAGCGUGAAAGAACGCGUGUGUGCGUGUGUGCUGGCACAGUUAUUUCCACUUGGCGGCAAGGUCAGCGCGACAUGCAAAUUGAAAAGCGCCGCUCGGGCAAAAACAAAGGCCAUAGAAUGCCCAACACCAACAACAACGACAUCGGCUACGGGAGGAAAAACAACAACAACAACAAGCAUAAUAGCAACAACAGCAAGAACAACAUCUAACGAAAAUGUUUGAGAAAUAUGUCGCCACAUAUGUGCGCGCGUGUGAGCAAGUGAAAUUAAAAUUCCCGCAUGCCUAAUGAAUUCGCCCGCUCGUCCGCCGUCCCUCUCCCACGACAACCGUUAUGCGUGUGUGUGCCAGUGUGUGUGCGUGUGUGUCGCUGACUUCGGAAUGACAACAAAAGCAACAACAACAUUAGCAGCUACAACUAAAACAAUGGCUUGCUAAGCUGUCUGAGUGAGUGAAAAAAAGAAUUGAAAAAAGAGAGCCAAAGAGAAAGAGAGCGCGAGAACGACCAAGAGAGAGAGAGAGAGAGCGAGAGAUAAAGAGAGUUGAAGAAAGGACGAAAGCAAAAGUGAAACUUGCAGCAAAGAAAGGAGUGGCCAGAGCGGAGGACACUGGGUGCUGGGAGCAGAAGGAUCGGCGGCCAAGCGACGACAAUCGUUGGCAUGUCCACAGCCAAAAGGCUGGUGCUCUCGCUACGUGGACGCAAGAAUUCGCAGGGCAACUCGGCGACCUCAUCCACCCGCCUGGUAUCCGCCGGCACCUCGCCCGGCCAUGAGCUGGAUGAAAUAGCCGUGGUCUCGGGCACAGGAUCCAGCAGUCACCAUUUCUCCUAUGGCGGCUGCCUCGCCACCGGCGACGCGCCCCUGCCGCGCUACUCAACAGAUCUAGGACCAAAGUUUGGUAUGACCCAGCCGAAAUUCGGGCAGAGUGUCUCGCAACAAGGUUUCUUCACUUCGCACGACAGCCUGGCCACACCAUGCGCCUCCAGGGCCUCCAACUCGCACAUGGCCACCGUAAGCACUGCCUCAGAAAUGGAUCUUCUGCACAACAAGCAACGCAACAAGUCGCGGGGUCGUCUGAAAACGGCUGCCAGCGGCGAUCAGCCGCUCCUGGGCACAUGGAACCGAUCCACGGGACGCGGCUCGCAGGAUAACACACUGGCCGGCGGCGGAGCCACCAGUUUGGCCAUGGGCGGCCACAAUCAGUACGGUGGCAACUACUGCAACGGCACAGAUCGCUACCCGCGCUCCCGAUCGCAGCAGCAGGGGCACCACAAUGCCGCCCAGCAGGCGCACCACCCCUACCAGCUGCAGCACUCGGCAUCCACGGUGUCGCACCACCCGCACGCACACGGUCCACCCUCGCAGGGUGGCCCUGGUGGGCCGGGACCCCCCCACGGCGGCCAUCCGCAUCACCCGCACCACGGUGGCGCCGGCAGUGGGGGAGGCAGUGGACCAGGCUCUCAUGGUGGCCAGCCGCACCACCAGAAACCACGACGAACGGCCUCGCAGCGGAUUCGAGCAGCAACGGCGGCCAGGAAACUGCACUUCGUCUUUGAUCCGGCGGGGCGACUGUGCUACUACUGGUCCAUGGUGGUGUCCAUGGCCUUCCUGUACAACUUCUGGGUGAUAAUCUACCGCUUCGCCUUCCAGGAGAUCAAUCGGCGAACGAUCGCCAUUUGGUUCUGUCUGGACUACCUGUCCGACUUCCUGUAUCUGAUCGAUAUACUGUUCCACUUUCGCACCGGAUACCUGGAGGACGGGGUGCUGCAGACGGACGCUUUGAAGCUGCGCACCCACUACAUGAACUCGACGAUCUUCUACAUCGACUGCCUGUGCCUGCUGCCGCUGGACUUUCUCUAUUUGUCCAUCGGCUUUAACUCGAUCCUGCGCAGCUUCCGGCUGGUGAAGAUCUACCGGUUCUGGGCCUUCAUGGAUCGCACCGAGCGGCACACCAACUACCCGAACCUGUUCCGGAGCACGGCCCUCAUCCACUACCUGCUUGUGAUAUUCCAUUGGAACGGUUGUCUCUACCACAUCAUACACAAGAACAAUGGGUUCGGAUCACGCAACUGGGUCUACCACGACUCGGAGUCGGCGGACGUGGUCAAGCAGUAUCUGCAGAGCUACUACUGGUGCACCCUGGCCCUGACCACCAUCGGGGAUCUUCCCAAGCCGCGCUCCAAGGGCGAGUACGUCUUUGUUAUCCUGCAGCUGCUCUUUGGCCUGAUGCUCUUCGCCACGGUACUGGGGCACGUGGCCAACAUUGUGACGUCAGUGAGUGCAGCGCGCAAGGAGUUUCAAGCCAAGCUGGAUGGCGUGAAGACGUACAUGCGGAUGCGACGUGUGCCGAAUCAUCUGCAGGUGAAGGUCAUCAAAUGGUUCGAUUACCUGUGGCUUACGCAAAAAUGCUCGGACGAGGAGCGCGCCGUGUCCUGUCUUCCUGAUAAAUUAAAGGCUGAAAUAGCAAUUAACGUCCAUUUAGAUACGCUCAAGCGGGUGGAGAUUUUCCAAAACACAGAGGCCGGCUUCCUAUGCGAACUGGUGCUGCGCCUGAGGCCCGUGCUCUUCUCGCCCGGCGACUACAUCUGCAGAAAGGGCGAGGUGGGCAAGGAGAUGUACAUUGUGAACCGAGGACGAUUGCAGGUGGUGGCCGACAAUGGAAAGACGGUGAUGGCCUCCCUGAAGGCUGGUUCCUAUUUUGGCGAGAUUAGUAUACUCAAUAUGGGCACCGCAGGCAACCGACGCACAGCCAGCGUUCGCUCAGUGGGAUACAGCGACCUCUUCGUCCUGAGCAAGAAGGACAUGUGGGACGUGCUGAAGGAGUAUCCGGCGGCGCGUGUUCGUCUGGAGUCGAUAGCCGUCAAGCGAUUGGAGAAAUACAAGAAGGCCCCGCUGGAGAAAGUCAAAUACUUUAAUGUAGUUGCCAUGGGCCGCUGCCAAUCGACGCCGGGCUUAGUCGAGAGCUGUGGCCGCACGUCUCUGGAGGAGAUGUGGCUGCCACCGGCGACGGCUGGCGCAUCAUCGCUGAUGCACCACCACCAGGCGCUCCAGCAGCAGCAUCAGGCAUCCCAGCAGCAGCCCCAUCGACAGGAGUCCACACAAACCUCCUCCCAAACACAUGGGUACAGUCCCCGCAGCUAUGCCGAUCGUUUGGCUCGGGCCACGGACUCACCCAGGUCGGUUAGCCCCAGUGCCCAUGGAUCCGAGGAACGACCACGUAGUCGAACGACUUCGCACCACUCAAUAAGGCCACAAUCCCAACCCAGCCACACGGGUCACAUUUGCGACUCCAGUUCGCAGCUGGAGUGCUAUGGAGCGGGUGUGGGUGGAGCUGGUGGUGGAACCACGCCCCUCUUGGGCUCCCACGAAGUUCUCGAGGACGAGAUCAAGCGGCUGAGGGAACGCCUGCACACGGUGGAAUCAGAGAACCAGGCCCUAAACACAAAACUCUCGCAGCAGCAGUGGGAUCUGGAGAAUCGACUAGCCGAGAUCGAGAUGCAAAUCUGCGGAGUUUCGUCGACGUCCAGCGUCGAUCCCGAGAAUGAGACGGAGGAGCUGGAACGGAACAGAGAGAGUAUCAUAUAACACGGGAGCGUGCUGCCCCAUCAGGCGAUCGGUAUGGUGUACAUAUCAUGUUCCUCAUGACUCCACGAUCAUCAUUGAUCAUCCAACUGACAACUGACUGCAUCCGGAGAUCGGGCGAUUUGGAUCAUUACACCGCAUCAUAUCGCAUCUAACUCUCGCUUCCCAAAUCUCCCGCUCUCUAUCUGUCUCGUAUUUGUGUUUCUCCCUCUCUCUCUCUCUCUCACCCACUAACUGUGCUUUGUAUUUGUGUGUAUGUGUGUGAUGCAUGCAUUCCAAAUUGCCUUACUAACGAAAAACCAAAAAAACAUAAACAUAACCAGGAGCAGCAGCAGCUAUACAGCAGCAGGAGGAUCGCAAGGAUCGGGAGAGGAAGGCUCAAAGAGGAAGACCAAUCGAGAGCGCAACGGGAUCUCAGUCCUGUGCCAAGUACUUCUCGCUUUAGAGAUCCACACAGAGAGAGAGAGAGAGAUAGAGAGGGGAGGACAGGGCGCCAGAUAAUCCUAAUCCCCAAGAUGUGCAAUUAAUGUCUCUUAUGAUCAUAACGCUACACCAAGAGUAAAAUAAAGCCAAAAAUGGCACUGCCAAAGAAAAUUGUCUGUACAUAGGUAUGAAGGAAAUUCAGAUCAAAAUAUAAGCAAAACGAUCGUAAUUGGUUAAGCUAUGCACGACGGAUCGGAUCGGAAAGCUUUAAUAGAUUAUCCGAGAGAACUUUUUCCAGAACCCCUACAACUUGUUACCCAACACUUACACUUUUUCCAUACUAAGCUCAGAAAUAGAUUGAGAUUUACAUAGAUAUAUCAUUAGGCCUAGACGCUCUUCGCUCCUUUUACUGGUUACUAAGCCAAAUCGAAACGGGUACUCGAAUUCCCAUUGUAAAUAAAUUCGCUCUAGGAAAUCAAUUAGCAUUAGCAUGGUCAGUGACAUAAGUAUGGAAUCAUCUGAAUAAAUAACUAAAGAUUACUUUAACUCAUGAGUGUAACAAAUGAAUCGUAUAUCUAUUGUAAUAUUUGCUAACUGUAAUUUGAAAAAUUAAAUUUACUAGAUGUGUAUAUGGGAAACGAUUUACUUUACAACUGAAAAUAAUGCAUAAACAAUUUAUGGACAACUAAGUGAAUAUUUGCAAAAUAUUUGUACUAUUGGAAAAGAACUGCCAGAGCAUACACCACACACUCGAAAAACUAUAUUAAUAUAAAAAUAAUAAUAAUAAUAAUAAUAAACAAAAAACUUAAAAGAAAGCGCUAUAGACAUUUAACUAUUGAUAAAACCAAUAUUAAUGGGUAAAUAUGUCAAAAAGAAAACACUUUUAAUGCAAUAUUAAAUUGUACUACUGUCGUAUAUAGUAUCUACAUUAUACAUGAUCUAAAUUAUACUUGAUAUGGUAACAAUUUAAAGGUCUAAAUGUAUUUAACUUUAGUUAGUUGCCCCAAGAGCCAAACCAAUGCUGAAGAUUGUAGUUGAGAAAAACCCAAGAUUAAUUUAGGCAAGAAGGUUCUGUAGCAGAACGCAGAACGCAGUUCAAGAAUCCCCAUAAUAUGGGGGCUGCGAUAAAGAAGAAUAAUUAAUUUAGCUGUAACUCUAGUUAUACCUAGUUAUACCAUUAGAUGUGUACCAGAGAAGACCAAAAAAAAGAUCGAAUCUCGAUCGAAUAUGAAAAUUGUUCAGUGUCACCUCCCGGAAUAUUGAAAAAGGCAAACUGAGUUGAUAAGGAAACCUAAUAAUUAUAUAGCUAACUCGAUUAAGAACCUUACAUUUACAGAAUGAGCCGGCGUUUGAGCCAGGAUACGUUUGAGUAUCUGCCGAGAAAACGGAAACUGGAACGAAUCUCAUUUCAUGCCAACAAUGAUAGGCCAAAAACUUAAGCUCAAAUUUUGUUACGAUUUUUCUUAGAUUUUUGUCAAAGAGCUAAAAUUAUUUUCUAUUUUCUAGAGAACAAAUAGAUGAAGAAUUCUUUUUCAUAUUUUUCAAUCUAAUUACUUUUCGGAAUAUCAUAUAAUGGAUUAAAAAUUAAUUAAUAAUUACAAUGAACAUUAAAUGGGGUUUCAUCUAAGACAAAGCUUAUAACAAACUAAGAAAAGUGUUAAACGAAAGCUAACGAAAACUUGUAAAAGUCAAUCGUAGUUUUUGAUUCCUUAGUUAGCCAAUUAUUGCCAAAGUUAAAGUUGAAUAAUAUAACUUAAUUACAUUACAUUUUUAUGGCUUUUUAGCACGCUUAUCACGGGGCAAAGGCUCCGGUCCUUGUUAGAAUUAUCCCUUCUAAUUUCAUCAAUGUUUUUCGUUAGAGCGCGUAUAUAUAUAUAUAUAUAUAUACAUAUAUAUAUAUAUAUCUAUUUGUUAUUGAACGUAAAAUACAAGGAACUACAUCGAUUCGGUUGUGUUGUUGUCGCCAGGUGCAUGGGGUGUGAAUUAGGAAGCUGGCGAGUUUAAAUGGCUUACAUAAUAAUUUAUUAAAUUAUUUGGUGCAUGAGAUCUAUGAAACAAAGAAAUGAAAGCAAAAGAAGAGCAUUCAAAGCUUUAUUUUUACUAUAUUUAAUUAAUUAAUUUAUAAGAACUAAACGUAAAUUAAUUCAGCAUUGACUUCAUAGCAAACACAGAGAAACAGCAUAGUUCUCAGAUCAUCGGGCUAGAAAAGGCAUGUUUUAAUCGGUCACUAAAUCAGAAAAAUCAGAUCAGAUCAAACAAGGCCCCGAUUUGCAGCAGGUAAAUCGAGCUUAUCGUGCGAUAGUUUCAAAGCCGUUUACGUUGCUAAACUAAUCUGGAAAAUCUGAAAAGGGUAAAGCAAACACAAAACCAAACCAAACAAAACAAAACCAAAUUGAAUUAUAAAGUAAAGCGACAACAAAACCAGAAAGAAAAACUGAAAUACAAAUAAAAUC